AUGUUGAUACUCGUAGAAACAGCAGCAGGGUAUGGAUUAUUCAAAGUUGAGAACAACAAACUAAUCGAAUCAGAUGUAAAAGAUAUUGAAAAAUGUUUUCGAAACUCUGAGGAAGCGAGAAAAAAUGUAUCAUUAUACAGCUUUAGUAAAUUUAAAAAGUUUCAAAAUGCCUUUGAUGAAACGAGCAAAUUAAUGGAAUCCAAGUUGGGAAAAGGACUGAAAAAGUUUUUAAAGAAAAAUAUAGUGAAGCCAAAAUUAAAUGAAACGCUCGCAUUAUGUGAUAAAACAUUAGGAGGACUAAUAAAAAAAAAAUAUAAUAUAAAUGUAACUUAUACGAAUUCUACACAGGAAAUAAUUCGAGGAAUUAGGACACAUCUAUAUGAAUAUCUAGUAGGUGUACAAGAAGAAGAUGCAAAAUUGUUAAAAUUGAGUUUAUCUCAUUCUUUGAAUCGAUUCAAAUUAAAAUUUAGUGCAGAUAAAGUCGAUGUAAUGAUUAUACAAGCUGUUGGAUUGUUAGAAGAUUUGGACAAAGAAAUCAAUGUUUUUUCUAUGCGUUUAAAAGAAUGGUAUGGGUGGCAUUUUCCAGAAUUAGGUAAAGUAAUAACAGAUAAUAAAAUUUACGCAAAAUGUGUUAAGUUAAUUGGAUUCCGAAGUAAUGCAAAAAAUGUAAAUUUGUUAGAAGAAACAACAGAAGAAAUUCAAAAGGAAAUAAAACAGUUAGCAGAAAUUUCCAUGGGUACAGAAAUAGAAGAUGAUGAUUUAGUUUGUAUAAACGAAUUAGCAGAUAGAUUAUUAGAAUUAACUGAAUAUAGAGAAUCUUUAGCUACGUAUUUAAAAUAUAGAAUGAACUCCAUUGCACCGAAUUUGACCUAUUUAGUCGGUGAUUUAAUAGGUGCCAAAUUAAUUGCAAAAGCAGGUUCCCUGAUGUCUUUAGCCAAACAUCCAAGUUCAACUUUACAAAUUUUAGGCUCAGAGAAAGCUUUAUUUAGAGCCUUAAAAACGAAAUCGAAAACACCAAAAUAUGGUUUAAUUUAUCAUGCUACUUUAGUAGGACAAUCAACACCCAAAUUGAAAGGAAAAAUCAGCAGAUCCUUAGCAGCCAAAUUGUCCUUAUGUACAAGGGUUGACGCUCUUGGGGAUUUUUCAGAACCAUCAAUCGCUAUAACAUGUAAAACACUUUUAGAGAAAAGGUUAGAAUAUAUAACAAACAAUCUGCAGAAAAAAAUGAAUAACCCAAAGAAUUCUAAAUUGCAAUUCCAAAUGCAAAUGCAACAAAGCAAAUAUAACCCAAACCAAUCCAACGGUGAUCAGAAUAACAAUAACAAUAAUAAUAAUCAAUUUAACAAGAAGAAGGAUUUCCGAUUUAAUAAGAGAGAAGCUGAUUGGAAUAACAAGAAGUUUAUUAAGAAGCAAAAGAGAAAGUGA